AUGGCAAGUUGGAUCAAUGGGAAGAAGCAUGCUCAGUCUUCAGAUUCCGAUGUCUAUGCUGAAUGGGAAGAAGAUAAUUGCUUGGUGCAGUCAUGGCUUCUCAAUUCCAUGACUAAGCUAGUUCGUGCCUUGUUUGAACAUGGUGAUGCUGCUUUUGAUAUAUGGGAGGCCGCCCGGAAGACCUAUACUGAGAUUGAUUGUCUGUGUCCACAUGAGUUUAGUUGUGCUGAUGAUGGGGCUCGUCUUCUGAAAGAAAUUGAAGUCGAUCGAGUUUAUGAUUUUCUCGGAGGACUUGAUCCACUGUAUGAUGGUGUCCAUAGCCAUAUUCUUGCUUUUAGUCCUGUCCCGCCCCCUCUCGAAGCCUAUGCCAUGGCCAUGGAGGAAGACACCCAUCAAUCCGCUAUGUCUGGAGGAGGUUCAAUGGCCCUUAAAGUUGACCCAGCACGUCAACGACCGGUCGCACAACACAACAUGACUGGUUGCUCCUUAUCCAGAAAAUUUUAUUCUUCUGUUGGGUCUCGUCCUUCUGGCUUUACCCCUGCCUCUCUUGACGGUCCUCCUAAGUGUCGUCAUUGUAAUGUGAAUCAUUACUCUAAGAAGUGUUUUAAGGAGCAUGGUUAUCCCGAUUUGUUUGUUGACUACAAAGCUCGUAUGUACGGUCCUAAGGAAACUUAUAUAUAUAUAUAUAUAUUAUUUGUUAGUUUUGUGAAUUAA